GCUCAUUUGACGUCACCUGAUAGAAAGCGCUUGUACUCGUGAACGGGAGGUCUCCUCCUCUUUAAAUUGGGAACGAGGAAGUAUCGAGGAAAUUAGAAGGAAAGUGCAUUGGUGUGCAGCUGUUUCUGUCUGUUGAAAGAUCUACACCUAACCUAACCAAAACCAUGGCUCAAGCAGACAUUGCGUUGAUUGGCUUGGCAGUAAUGGGCCAGAACAUCAUUCUGAACAUGAACGACCAUGGCUUUGUGGUCUGCGCGUACAACCGGACCGUGUCCAAGGUGCACGACUUCCUGAAGAAUGAGGCGAAGGGGACCAAGGUGAUCGGAGCGGAGUCCCUCGAGGACAUGGUGUCCAAACUGAAGAAGCCCAGAAGGAUUAUUCUGCUGGUCAAGGCUGGCCAGGCUGUGGAUGACUUCAUUGACAAGUUGGUGCCUCUUCUUGAAGCUGGCGACAUCAUCAUUGAUGGUGGUAACUCUGAAUACAGAGACACAACACGGAGAUGCCAGAGCAUGAAGGACAAGAAACUCCUGUUUGUGGGCAGUGGGGUCAGUGGAGGGGAAGAAGGGGCUCGCUACGGACCCUCCCUGAUGCCCGGAGGACACAAAGAGGCCUGGCCACACAUCAAGGACAUCUUCCAGAGCAUCGCGGCCAAGGUCGGAACUGGAGAGCCGUGCUGUGAUUGGGUGGGAGACGAGGGGGCCGGCCACUUUGUGAAGAUGGUCCACAACGGCAUCGAGUACGGAGACAUGCAGCUGAUCUGUGAGGCCUACCACCUGAUGAAGGAUGUCCUGGACAUGGACCACGAUGAGAUGGCUAAGGCCUUCAACGAGUGGAACAAGACCGAGUUGGACUCCUUCCUGAUCGAGAUCACAGCCAACAUUCUCAAGUUCAGAGACGCGGACGGAACACACCUGCUGCCCAAGAUCCGGGACAGCGCGGGGCAGAAGGGGACGGGGAAGUGGACGGCCAUCUCAGCCCUGGAGUACGGCACGCCCGUCACCCUGAUCGGAGAGGCUGUCUUUGCCAGGUGUCUGUCCUCUCUGAAGGAGGAGAGGGUGGAGGCCAGCAAGAGCCUCUCAGGGCCCGAGGGGACCAAGUUCAGCGGGAACAAAACCAGCUUCCUGGAAGACAUCAGAAAGGCGCUGUACGCCUCCAAGAUCAUCUCCUACGCCCAGGGCUUUAUGCUCCUUAGGCAGGCUGCCAAGGAGUUCGGCUGGUCCCUGAACUACGGAGCCAUCGCUCUGAUGUGGAGAGGGGGCUGCAUCAUCCGCAGUGUGUUUUUGGGGAAGAUCAAGGAGGCCUUCGACAGAGACUCUGAGCUGCAGAGCUUGCUUCUGGACAGCUUCUUCAGCAAUGCCGUACAGGACUGCCAGGACUCCUGGCGUAGGACGAUCAGUACCGGGGUCCAGCAGGGCAUCCCCAUGCCUUGCUUCACCACUGCCCUCUCCUUCUACGAUGGAUACAGACAUGGGAUGCUCCCUGCCAACCUCCUGCAGGCCCAAAGAGACUACUUUGGAGCCCACACGUACGAGCUGCUGUCUAACCCUGGGACGCACAUCCACACCAACUGGACAGGCCACGGGGGAAACGUGUCUUCCUCAUCCUACAACGCUUAAGGAGGACACACACACACGGCCAGGGAAUGUCUGUUACACAUUCCUUCUACACAUACAAGCCUAAAUACUGAAGACUACUGUACCCAGCCCACAAAAAAACGACAACAAUAAUGUAGCUUAAACAUUGAAAAAAAAAAAAAAAAAAACUUUUCUGAAGUGUUAUUUUAAUUUGUAUUUAUGGUGAAGUGAAAUGGUGAUCGUUUUAGUGUUGUAACCCCCCCACUUUUAUGCACAGCAGAAGCCCCGCCCUCACAGCAGGGCCCGCCAGACAACCGCCAGUUCCUCCAAUCAUGUUUGCUCCAGAGUUCAGAGUUAGCCAUGGAUUAGGGUUAACUAUUGCACUGUACUGUAUUAGGCUAAAUAAAGACUUCAAUCCCUUUUUAA